GAAGCACCGCCCAGAUUUGAGUUGAGUCGAAAACCUCGUUUUCCACUAUCUAUUUAUGCAUGCGGGUCAGACAGACGUCCGACCAAGGAGUUGAUGUAAUAGUGAUCAAGGAGCGAGCAUCAGCCUGUGAUAGCCUGAGCUGCUACCCGGGACAGGCGAUGAUGGCGGCGGCCGUGGAGAGAGGAGGAGUACGGGCCGCUUUCUUGAAUCCAGGGAGCGGUGGCGGAGUCGGUGGACCUUUCCCAGCGCCCGUUCUCUCUGCUCCCGGAGGCGCGGGUGGAACGGUUGGAAUGGGUUUGAAUUCUGGAGGAUCCGACGGUCCCAUAACCGUGCCGAUGAACCUUUUUGCAACAUGGGAAAUAGACCGCUCUUCUCCGAGCUGUGUACCAAGGUUGUGCAGCCUCACCCUCAAGAAGCUCAUUGUCCUGAAGGAGCUUGAUCGUGAGCUCAGCUCUGUGGUAAUUGCUGUGAAAAUACAGGGCUCCAAGCGUAUCUUGAGGUCUAAUGAGUAUGUCCUUCCCCCGGACGGGCUGAUGGAGACUGACCUGGAACUCACCUUUUCCCUCCAGUAUCCCCACUUCCUCAAAAGGGACGCAAAUCGGUUGCAGAUAAUGCUCCAGAGGCGGAAGAGGUACAAGAACCGGACCAUUUUGGGUUACAAGACCCUGGCGGUGGGAGUAAUCAACAUGGCAGAGGUGAUGCAGCACCCGACAGAUGGAGCUCAGAUCCUCGGUCUCCAUAGCAACGUGAAGGAGGCUCCAGUGCGUGCUGCCGAGCUCAGUGUGUAUUCCCUGUCCAGCCAGCCCAUUGACCAUGAGGAUAGCAGCGGGCAGACUGGCAACAAGACCAAAGCCUCAGACCGCUCCCCAGAUAUGGACAACUACUCCGAGGACGACGACGACAGUUACUCAUCAGAACAGGAAGCUAGUGAUGACGCAGUCCAACCACAGGACUUGUAUGAUGAAGAUGAUGAGGUUCAAAGAAAGUCAAAGAAAUCCCGGAGGAAAAUGAUCCGGACAACGUCCAUGACAAGGCAACCUAAUUUCAAACAGAAGUUUGUGGCCCUAUUGAAGAGAUUCAAAGUGACGGACGAGGUUUUGGACUCUGACCCAGUUGACCAAACCCAGGAGGUGGAAGAGGACUUGGACCUUCUCUACGACAGCCUGGAGGUGUACAACCAGAGCGACAGUGGACCAGAGAUGGAGGACAAUGAGAGUGUCCUCAGCACACCCAAACCCAAACUCAAGCCUUUCUUUGAGGGAAUGUCUCAUUCAAGCUCCCAGACAGAGAUUGGGAGUCUGCACAGUCAGAAGAGCCAACCCAGAGAUCAGACUCUACCUGGCGGGGAUCUCUUGUCUCCAGAGAGAGCCAAAGUCAUGGGGGGCAAGUAUCAGGAUGACACUGCUGGAGUGGAGUCUAUUGCACGAGAGGCUGAGGAGGACGAUUUGGGCACUGGCGCCGGUACGGGCACAGGGGACUCCAACCACAGCCACAGUCACAGCUGGGACCUCAACACAGACAAGCUCCCAGGGCCCGUAGCCAAACUGUGCAAGACAGAGUCCCAGACCCAAAUGUCACCCAGUAAAACGGAGAACAAGCUGACGAGGCGUCCUCGGAGCACCUCCAUGAAGGACAGACAGAACUCCAAGACCCAGAGCGACAGGACCAGCAGUAUCGACAGCGAGACGUCUCCAGACUCCAGGAUCUCUGUGCAGGUGCCCCGGAAAUCAGUUUAUGACCAGUUGAACCAGAUACUCAUCUCCGAUGAACAGCUUCCAGAGAGUAUUAUCCUCAUCAACACCACAGACUGGCAGGGCCAGUAUCUCUCAGAACUCCUCCAUGAGCACAGCCAGCCCAUAGUGUGUACCAUCUCCGGUGCUGACGUCCAGGCAGCCUUCAACACCAUCGUCACCAGGAUCCAGAGAUUUUGUAACUGCAAUGCUCAGACCCCUCCCACCAUCAAAGUGGCGGUGGCCGGAGACCAGAGCUACCUCAGCACUAUCCUCAGGUGCUUCGUGGAGCAGCUGGCCAACAAGACACCCGAUUGGCUGAGCUACAUACGCUUCCUGGUCAUCCCUGUUGGAACCCAUCCUUUGGCCAAGUACAUGGCAUCGUUCGACAGCAAGUUCAACAACAUCUUCAUGGACGGGGGCUGGAGGGACCUGUUUGGGAGACUAGAGGCGCCAACAUCAGACAACAUAGAUGUAGCGGGCCGUGUGUCUCAGUACCUAGCCGGGGCCAGCGUCUCUCACCAGUGCCCCAUAUCUGAGGCCAUGCUCACCUACAAACAGAAGAGGAAGCGAAGCUUGUAUUUUGAUUUUUACAUCAGCCCGGAUGAGGACUCGUGUCAGAAGUUUGUGCCAUUUAUUGGGCUGGUGAAAGUAGGGAUUGUGGAGCACAAUCUCUCCACGUCUGUGGACUCCGAUGACGCCAUGAUAGGGGGCGUCAACAUGCUGGGCUCCCCUCCACCACAAUCGGUGCCCUAUGGGAAGGACUUGACCUGUACCCCACCACCCUCCCCCUCCGUCUCUGCCUCCCUCUCUGGAGCUGGAUCUCCAGGGUCAGGCGGUGAGGUGAUGGGCUUGCAGGUGGACUACUGGACCUGGCACGGCACCGACAAGAAGAGGGAGGGAGAGAAGAGGGAUGUGGGCAUCAAGAACACCCUGAAGAGCAACUUUCGCUCGCUGCAGGUGUCGCGCAUCCCCAACGGCGGGGAGCUCACCCCGCCACCCGGCAUGUCCAUGACCGUGGUCAUGAAAGAGAAGAACAAGAAGGUGAUUUUUUUGAGUAAAAAACCCAAGGAGAAGGAGGUUGAUUCCAAGAGCCAGGUGAUCGAGGGGAUCAGCAGGCUGAUAUGUACUGCCAAACACCAGCACACCAUGCUGAGAGUCUCAAUCGACGGUGUGGAGUGGAACGAUGUCAAGUUUUUCCAGCUAGCCGCCCAGUGGCCCACCCACGUCAAGCACUUCCCCGUGGGGAUAUUUGGCUACACCAAGCCCAUGUGAGAUCGAACUGCCACUGCCAUCCUAGGAACUGAUCCUGAUCAAUUCAAGUGAUAGGAAAGUUCUUAUACAUACAGAGAGAAUCUGGGUAGAAUUCCAUUCCGACAUGUUGCUCCCUCAGUCUGUUCUCAACAAUCUUAACUCGGUAGACAUCAGGCAAUCGGUAAAUUGUUCCAGUUUGCUCGUACCUCAAAAGAUGUGGAGACUGCAUAAAGUAUCUGUUGGAUUGAUAUUAUGUGAAGCUCCUCUUUUAGCAAAUAUAUAUUUUAAAAAAAUGCUAUCAACUUUUAGUUCAAUUAUUUAUAUUAUUUGGAAUUAUAAGACACCAUGCCAUCUAAUUUGAUUUAUUUGGAAAUCAUUUUUGUGUUAUUUUGUCUACAUUGCAAGAACAACAUCUUAAGAGCACCUUUUAAGUAUUAGAGGAGCUAAAACAAUUGAAAUAAAUAAAUUAAAUCUCCUAAACCAUUUUGUCAAGUUGUCUCCAAUUUGGGUGCCCGAGGAGGCAUUGAGGAGCAGAAAUAUGUCUAGAAAUGCUGGGGAAAAGUAAGAGAGCCCAUGUUCAGUUUUGAAUUCUCCUGAGGUUUCUCUGAAUAAGCAAAAAAUGAUAACAACAACCCCUAAUCCCUUUCCUGUGGAAAUUAUCAACUUUAAAACCUGUGUUCUUGGUAUUACAUGGAUGUUGUUGUUAAUGUUACUAGUUUAAACACCAGCAAAAAGAGAGGAAAAACCUUUUUGUUAAAAAAGUAAAUGCUGCCUUUUAAUUAUAAUAGUAUAUAUUGUGAUUAGAAAUAAACAGCCACCAGUAAUGGCAGCUUUGUUUGCACUUUGGUUACUUUUUCUAUUAUUUCUGUGAAAUCCGAUGUGGUUAAAUGUAUUGUAUAUAAUGUAAGGGAUUGGAAAGAGUGUGUUUGAGUGUGUGCCGAAGUGUAUUAUAUGAAGAGAGGGUAUGUAGAUGAUUACAGAGAAAGGAAUUGCGGUGAUAUUUUCAGAGGAUCCCUUUCUGAUUUGGAGUAAUGUACUGGCUCUCUUUUUAUCUCUGUUUUUGAUACACUACGCUUUAGCUAGCAUACUUGCCUUUUUUUCAUUUACAAGCACAGUGUAUGGAAAGUAAGGAACUGUAACCUUUACAGCUGUAUAAUUACAAGAAACAGACAUGCUGAGGAAGGACUUAAGUGAACAUGGUGUAUUCUGUAUGGUAUCAAAUAUUUACACAGGUUUGUUCACUUUCUGUAUAAAGGGUUGCCUCUAUAAGUGAGCUGUAUGAAUUGUGUGGUAACCACUCAAAUCCUGUUUGGUCAGUUCUGACUGUACAUGAAAAGUUAGUCUUUCAAUUUCACAUAAUUAAGUAAAUAUAAAGAGAAGACGAUUUUGGUAUUGUGACAGAAAUUCAAUUUUAAAAAAAAACGCUAUUGUCCAUGCCCAUAGGGGUAGAAAAUUGUCUUUAGACAAAUCUUAUCUAGGGGUCUCGGUGAUGUAAAGGGUCCUCUUCUUAUAUUUAGUUAUAUAAUACAUUAUGUCAAACUCCAACUUUUACUGACUUUUGCUUGAAGCUACAAAAGAAGAAAUGGACAUUUUAAAAGACAAAUAGUCUUAAGGUUAUUAAAACAAUGCCAAGGGCUCUGCAGUUUGGUUCUCAGAGGGAAUUUUCCAUCAUGGUGCUCUGUUGUUAACUGUUUACUAGUGACUUAAGUGGUUUUAUUUUUCUACUUCUUUAAUUCUGAAAGACAAAUCCCUUUACUAACUAGUGUGCCGUAUUCAACAAGGAAUUGCUGUAUACUGUCCUCUGUAACUGUUUUUAUACUGUCUUUUAAGAUAGACACACUCCUAUGGAAAGACUUGUGAAAAAAGGAUUGUCAGAUUGAUUGACUUGAAAUUGCCAGAAUACUGGGUGAUGUGUGAAAGUAAUUGUGAUAUUAUUUGAGCAUUUUCUUUCACCUCCAUCUAUGAGAAAACCGGUUUAUAGAGGACAGCAACUUUUCUUUUGCCAUUUCUCAAUUAUUUUAGUUUGGUUAUCUUUUCUCUAUUUACUUGGCACAAAAUGUAUUGAUUUUCAACAAAAAUUUGUGUUGAAGUUUGGAAUAUUGUGUGCAUGCAUGUAUCAUAUUCUUAUCUGUGCUUGCUUUGAAGGGAUACUAUGUAGCCCAGUUGUCCAUUUCAACCAUGGGGAAACUAUGACUUCUCUUGUUAUUUGAUAUGGUGUUACUUUUCUAGUUUGUUCAGUUAUUCAUGUUUUCACCAGAGUAGCUGAAUACGGUUACAACAUUGUUUGUUUCCAGGGGCUUUGACCAGUUCUGUAUGGAUUAUUAACAGUCAAGGUUCACUGUUUUUCUCUUUUAUUGUUUUGAUUUGGAACGAGAGCUGGUCUUCAUUGGUUUUGUGCAUUAUGUAUUUCUGAAACACUUGUUUUGGUCCAGUGGAAGGAAGCCUUUAUCAGGAGUAACUGGAUUGUCAGAUAACAAUAAAAAGCUUAUCAGCUUUUUGAAAUAUA